AUGUACCCCUCUCCUGAGGUUGAACAACAUAGUGAGAAGAAUUACGAUUCUUCCAGUUUUGAGAAGGACAUGGCUGCUGAAGGUUUGUGCUCCCUAGGGCAAACUGUGUCUGGUAAAGGAAAAUCUAUGGCAUCUAAAACUGCCAAUGCUUCCCAUUCUGAGAAGCAUGAUGUUGCAAACAAUCCAAGCGUGGCUAAGCAUAUGAAGACUAGAAAAGGAAGAUAUGUGGCUGAACUGAUGUCAUCUAGAACAACUAAGAAGGCUGUUGGUGUUGGUCCUUCCAAAUCUGGGAGCAAGGUUGAAGUGAAGAAGAGGAAGGUUAGAGAAGUUUCUGAGUCUGAAGAGGAUGUCGAGGAAGAUGUCUCUGACAUCUCUUCUGUGAAGAAGACCCCUGUGAAGAAGACCCCUGUGAAGAAGUCCCCUGUGGAAGUUGUUGUUGUGCAUUUGGAUAAUAUUUCUUUCCAUCUUGAGGAUGGAGCUGCCAAAUGGAAAUUUGUGAUCCAAAGAAGGGUGGUUGUGGAAAGGGAGUUAGGAAAGGAUGUUGUUGAAGUCAAGGAGUGCUAUAAGGGUUUAGUUAAGGAAUUCAUUGUCGACAUUCCUGAGGAUAUUGCUGAUAAAAACAGCAAGGAAUUUUGCAAAGUGUUUGUGAGAGGAAGAAGAGUUAAGGGUGCAGGUGAAUUGGAAGCUAUAGACAAUGAGGUCUGUAGAGAAAUUGCAGCAAGACAGGUGAAAGGGUAG